GUAUUUAAUUAUUUUAUUCUUGUAGAAAGGCUAAACGAUUAAAAUCAGUCCAGAGUUAAGUGUGUGCAGUCGGGUACAUGCAAGGUUUUCCUUCAAUGUGUUAUUAUGCAGUUUCAUAUUAUGUAUGAUACUUUUAAAUUAAUGCUGAAGCCUUUACCAAAGGUAAAGGUGGAGAGCCCCGAUGGAUUUUACUGAGUGUUACCAGCACACGUGCUCUGCUGUGGCGCUGGCAGCACGUGAGCGGAACCACCGGCUGGUGAGGCGUCUGAUACAGAAAGGCUACAGCAUCGAUGUCAGGGACAACCGGGGCUGGAACGCCUUGCAUGAAGCAGCAUUUGGUGGCGCCCACAGGUGUGCGCAGAUAUUACUGAGGGCAGCACGCUCCAAGUCCCAGAGCAGAGACUAUGUGAACACCCUGACACAUGACGGCACCACGGUCCUCUAUCUCGCCGCUGAGCAGGGCCACCUGAGCCUGGUGCAAAGUCUCCUUCAGGCUGGAGCUGAUGUCAACCGUGUGAACAAUGAUGGCGCAAGCCCGCUCUUUGCAGCUGUCGAUAGUGGACACAGGAAGGUGGUGGAACUGUUGGUGCAAGAAGGGUCAGAGGUCAACAGCAGCCACUCUACAUCCGGCUGGAGCUGCUUGCACCAGGCAACAUUCAAGGGUCAUGCUGAGGUGGUGAGCUUCCUGGUGGGUGUGGCCCAGCUAGACAUCACUGAUGACUUUGAGAUUACGCCCCUGUUUGUGGCUGCACAGUAUGGCCAGCGCCGAUGCUUGGAGCUGUUGGCGGAGGCUGGCGCUGACACGAACCGCCAAUCCCAUGAUCUCGCCACACCCCUGCUGAUAGCAUCCCAGGAGGGCCACCUGUCCUGUGUGACCGCUCUGCUGGAGCAUGGUGCUGACCCGAAUCUCUACUGCAGUGAGGAUGCAUGGCAGCUGCCCAUUCAUGCUGCAGCACAGUUCGGUCACAUCAGCAUCCUGGAGCGUCUUCUGCCCCUGACAGACCGCGCAUGUGACCGCCAGGUUGGGAAAGUCAGCCCAGUGUACUCUGCGGUUUUAGGUGGCCAGGUAGACAGCCUUCAGCUGCUGCUGAGGGCUGGGUACAGCCCUGAUGCCCAGGACUGCCAGGCCUUUGGGUUCCCAUCGCCAUUGGCAACAUUCCUGUGCUCUCAGUUUGAAAGGGCAAGUCAGGUCCACUCCCUGGUGCGGCUUCUCCUGAAGGCAGGGGCCCACGUGGAUGGGGGGCUUUACAGCAAGUGUCUGCGGCUCCGCCAGCACUCUGUACUAGCGCUUCUGCUGGACCAUACAGGCCUGCCUUCUGGAGGCCACCUGGAAGAGAUGCUGGCUUGUAGCCUGGAGAAGGAGCAAGCCUCCAGUGCACUGGACUGGCUGCCCCUGCUGCUUCAGGCUGGACUGCAACCUUCACUGCUUCUACAUCCUGUGCUAUUUGAGAAGGUAGAAAGUGAUGUUAUUAACUUCCUGCUGGAGUUCACCAACUGGAGUCUGCUGCCUCCAUCACUGUUGGCCAGUCUAUACCAGCGACGGGUGGAGUCCACCUGGAAGCCACGCCCACAUCUCAAGUCUCUGCCUCCUUUGUGCCAUUUGUGUCGGUUAGCUGUGAUGAACGUGGUGGGCAGCCAGUCUCUAGCCAGCAAGACGUUUGUACGCCAGCUGCCAGUGCCCGUUCUCCUUCAGGACUACCUUAACUUCGCUGAUGUCUUCAGAGCACAUGACUUACCAAAGCAGGCUGAGCAGGAAGGUGCAGGUUCCCAGGGCCAGUGACCACACCCAGCUCUCUGCCGCACUGCUGCCAAACCUGUCAGCAGGUACCACUAUCGCUAGAUAAUGUUCCUGGUACAUUAAGUGUUUCCCUCUCAACGUAUUCCGUAUGCACAGUCAGAGUAAUCCAGCUCUGUUCCAGAUGUCAUUUCUACUCCUACCAGUAGGGGGAAUAGUGUUAAGAUAUAAUUUUUUUUUUUUUUUUUUUUUGUUGUACUUUGUUUCUUAAGCUAAAUAAAACUACAAAUUAUAAAGCAAUAAUAUAACAUUGCUGUAUUUGUAAAUGUAUUUAUAAAUGUUGGCAUUUUGGAUGUAA